AUGGCAGUAACCCAGUACCACGUGGUUCUGCUAUUCGCACGCCAUAUUCAAGUCGUGUCGAAGCUGAGUGGCGUGGUCGUGAUGGAAGAAUCGUUCGACGCGCGAGUAGGCAAUGUGCACGGCAUUGUUGUGGAUGACACGUUCAACACAGUGUGGAUCCACUCAAGCCGUCAUAUUUUGGAGGUAGUUAUUGUUGACGAGGACCGCGAUGUAUGGAAGCUAUUCUUGAGCAAGGCUGUGAUGGGUAACGGUGACGAUCGCGAUUUUGAGCAGGCCUUGGCUGUCUGCCGCAAUGGAUGGGAACGUCAGCGCGUGCUGACAGCACAAGCAGACAAGCUCUUCGAUAAGGGGAAGUUUGAUCGUGCUGCUGUUAUGUACGCGAAGACAACGCGUUCGUUUGAAGAGGUGGCGCUGAAGUUUCUCGAAAUCGAGAAUAAGUUCAAUGUGCUGAAGGGGAGUGUGCAAGAUGUUGAUGCGCAUGCUAACUUGCUGUUCGAGUUCAAGCAAUUCCUGCAAGAUCAGAAGAGUCAUCUCGAUCCGGCCACGACUUUCAAUUUAAUCCUUAGCCACGGCCGACCGGAUGAGCUUGUGUUCUACGCAACUCUUAUCGAAGAUUACGAAAAAGUGAUCACGUAUCAUGUGGACCGCGGCGAGUACGGAGCUGCAAUCGAGUUGCUUCGUAGCGUAGUGGAAGAGCUGUGGUAUAAGUAUUCACCCGAGCUUAUCAUUCAUAAGCCGAAGGAGGUAUACGAGGCAUGGCUGGAGGCCGCUACACUGAACCCGACGCGUCUCAUUCCGUCAAUUGUGCGUCAUGUGCACCAGAAGAGCGAUGCGGGCGCGGAAUCGGCCAGCACUACAACAAAAAGUCGCUCCGUCUUGGAUAUGGCCAUUCGGUUUCUGAAGUUUGCCAUCAAGCAGGGCAACCGCGAUCCGACGAUUCACAACUACCUGUUAUUUCUGCUGGCCAAGCACCCUGACGAGCGCUUGCUCAUUAGCUUCUUGCGCAAAAGGCACAAUGGCAAGCAUCUGUUUGACAUUGCCUUUGCUCUGCGCCUUUGCACACAGAACGAGAAGAACCGUGCUUGCAUUUACAUCUACCUGCGAUGGGGCUAUACCAGGACGCCGUGGAAAAGGCACUGCAAGUUGAUGUGA